AUGGGCGGCACGUCGCGCGGGCGCUGCAGCCCGCAGCACGGGGCGCCGCGGCCGUCGGGCCUGAGCAACAACCGCACGCCGCCGGCCGGGGCGCAUGCGGCCGCGGGCGGCCAAGGCGGGUCGGGCUCGCGGCACUCGUCGAUCGGGCGCGGCGUGGCUGCUGACGCGGCGGCCUCUGGGCCCGGGCCGAAGGCGAAGAACGACGCCGCGAUGGAGGAGGACCGCAGCGACCGCCUCGGCCGCGCCGCCGACGCCGACGCCGCGCCUGCGCCGACCAGCGGCCGCGCCCAGGUCGCGGACGCCCCCGCCGAGGCCGAAGCCACCUCCCCGCCGGCCAGCGCGUCGCGUGCGGCCAUCGAGGACGCCCCCGCGCGCGAGUCCCUGCCGAGCUCACACCUCCCCCGCGCCGCGGGCUCCUCCGCCGCCAUCACGCCGGACGGGGCCGUCGUCGCGGUGCAGGCCGUGCCGUCGCGCAGCCCGCCCGUGCAGGAGCCAGCGGCCGCGGCGCAGCGCGAGCAGGGCGCGGAGGCGGACGGCAGCAAGGCCACGUCGGCAGCGCGCGCGCCCGCGCUGGGCGUCGGCGACGGCGCGAACAAGCCGCAGGCCGCGAUGCUGAUCGCGCCGCCGCCGCCGCCGCGCCCGCCGGAGGCGCAGAAGUCGCAGUCGAAGCCCGCGGAGGGGUCUGGGCUCGCGGGCGCUGCGCAGCAGGCGUCGGCGCAGCAGGCCGCGGUGCGGGAGGUCGAGCGCAAGGCCGACCAGCUCACGCUGAGCUCGAACCCCCCGCCGCCCCCGGAGGCGCCCGUGCGCGCGCCGGCGGCGGCGGCGGAGGCGGUGGUGGUCGGCGGGAGCGACGCGAUGCCGUCGCGCGACGCGGAGGACACGCCGCUGCCGCACGCGGCCGCGGCGAUGCUGGAGCACACCCCCGGGGCCGCGAUGCUCGAGGGCAAGUCCUCGCACGUGGACGGCGGGGAGUGCGUCGCGCUGCUGUGCGGCGCCUCGGGCCACCCGCAGGUUCCGGCACAUCCGCCGCAGCCCGCCGUGGCGGUCGUCGUCGCGUCGGCGCCCGAGGCCGACGCGGACGCGGAGCAGCUCGAGGGCCCUGGGGACCCCCCGCGCCCCGCCGACGCCGUGGCGCAGACGGACGACGGCGGCGACGCGGCGAUGGAGGUCGACGACGCUGCCGAGGGCCAGGGCCGCCCGCGCGACGACGCCGGCUCCGCGGGCUCCCCCGGCGCGGGCGUCGCGCACAUCGCCGGCGCCGUGAACCGCCUGGGGGGCCUCGCCGCCGCGGCGCUCGAGGCCGACGCCGCGCGCAGCGAGGAGGGCGCGGCGCUGAAGCACGCCAACUCGAAGGACCGUCCGCAGGCCGCGUCGUCGCCGGAGCGCCGGACGCCGCCGGACGCAGACGCCUCUGAGCCGCGCGAGGCCGCCGGCUCCGCGCACCCGACCCCGGGGGGGACGAACGACGCGGCAGCGGCGGCCGAUGGCACCGCGGCGGGGCUGCUGCCGGACGCCGCCGCCGCGGCGCCGACGCCCGCGGCGGCCGAGGGCGAGCUGCCGCAGCCCGCGGAGGUCGUGUGGACGGACGCGGAGGACGACAACCCGCGGGCGUGGGUCGCUGUGGGGCGUCCACCGGAGGAGGGCGCGAUGGACGAUGACUUCCCUCAGCCGGCGGUGGUGCAGGGCGACCCGCCCGCGGGCGCGCUGGGGUCUGCGGCGGCGCGGCCGCGGUCGGCGAUGAUGCAGGAGGGCCGCGGGCAGCACGGCGGGCGGCGCUGGGGGCUGGGCGGGCGCGCACGGGCCCGCGCACGGGCGACGCGCACCCGCACCCGGCCGAGGCGCAGGCGGUGGGGCUCGACGCCGAGGAGGACCUGA